CGAGGAUGCUGUGAGCCGUAGAAACGCCCUGCAUCCCGACUCCUCUCCUCCAGCACUUCUCCUCCAGCUCCGGACCCGCAGCACGCAGAACCGGACCCGCAGGACGGACAUGGCCCUGUAGCCGCCCACCCACGGAGCAGAACCAGAGCAGGGACAUGGCUCCUCCGCCUUCCUCCUCCUCCUUCCUCCUCCUCAUCCUCCUCGCGUCCCUGGAGCGCGUCCCCGUUUCUGCAGACAGGAGAUACGGCUGCUUGUUUGAGAGUGAGCUGUGCUCAUCCUACGAGAUCUGUGUCAACGAUGGGAUGUUUGGGAGGUGUCACUCUGUUCCGGUGAAGGAGGGUUACACCUACGACGUCUCGCCGUCUGUGGUCCAACGCUUCAGGGUUCUGCUGGAGAAGCUCUCCAACAGAGGUCUGACCUGGGAGGACGACGCCACCCAGCGGGUCCUGUCCAAGGAGCUGUCCAAGCUGAGGAGGAUCCCCUCCAGGCCUCCGCAGAAAGGGCCCGUCUACAGCGCCAGCAGCAGGCCAGCGGCUGAAGCGAUGGACCCUCAGGACCAGAGGGUGAAGCCGGUGGAGGUGGAGCUCAGCAAGAAUCUGCAGGAUUAUCUCCAACGUCUGGGCCUCCUUCCGAAGAAAGCGUCGGCGGCUGGUCUGGGCGCCGCCGGCACGAGUGACCUUUUCCAGUCCGGCACCUCCGCAGGCUCCUAUGGCUCCUAUGGCUCCUCGAGGCCCAAGUCGCCUCCCUCCCGUUACUCAGCUCCGUCAUCUUUCCAGCCGCUGGAGAAGCAGCGGGCUCCGAGCGGCCAGCUCCUGGCCCUGCAGGCCGACGGCGACCAUCUCCUGGGGGCCCUGGGGCGCUACCUCUCCGGGCAGGAGGCCCCCCCGCGGCGCCUCGGCCUGGAAAACUCUAAAUCCAGGCUUCUGAAGGCGGGAGGGACCCGAGGGGCCUCGGCCCCGCUGACAUCUGUGGAUGAGAGGUUCAUCGAGAACGUUGUGAAGAACGUCGGCAGGGAGCACGUGGACGUGGACGGCCUGACGCCCCACGACUUGGAUCAGCUGUCCGGCCUGAUAGCCGAGGCUCUGCAGGUGGUGGACCGGGACCGGGACCGGGACCUGAGCCGGGGCCGAGGGGCUGCGUUGAGGGACCUGGAGGGGGAACGGAGUGACGGACAGGAGGAGGAGCAUGAGAGGUUGCUGGCUACCGCUCCCACCCUAAAACCGCUGGAGAGCUCUGCCGCUCCGCCAGCAGCUCUUCAAGAGCGCCGCUCGGAUGCAGAGAAGGUGAGCGUGAAGGACGAGGCUGAUGGCGCUGGGCUCGUCGCCAAGCUCCUGGCCUACCUGGACAAAACCUCCCUCAUCAGUCUUCCCUCGGCGCGGAGCGGCUACGACGUUGCCGCGGAGAUGCCUGGAGGCCGGCAGGUCGGCCUGGAAACGGUGCAGAGCCGCACCAGCGAGUCGGGGGUGACGGUGCAGAAGAAGGACGCCACCCAGUCCGUGGAGGAGGUGUCGGCGGUGGAGAGCUGGAUCAAGGAGGUGGUGCCCCCCCCCGCCUCGCUGGUGUACGACGAGCCGCGCAGGAAGACGGUGCAGGUCCCCGAGCUGCAGCUGGACGUCUCAGCCGCCAGGAAGAAGGCCGCCGACGACGUCUUCGGCUAUGUCAUCACCGACACCGAUGGGUUGCAGACUGACGAAGGCCUUCACCUGAUGGAGCUCCUGGCUCGGCGCGCAAAGAUCCGGAUGACGGACUUGGCCGAACUCUCGGUGGUGGGCCCCGCCGUGACCUUCAAAGUCAGCCCCAACUCCCAGAACGUCAGCACUGCAGACCUGGCCAACGUGGCAGUUGAGCAGAAGGAAGCAGUGGAGAAAGAAGCAAAGGUCACCAUCCUGGAAGCUGGUGUCACAGAUGGAAGCCAGAUCAACCAGAUCCCCACCAAGUACAGCCAGACGGAGUCCACCAAGUUCCUGGUCCUCACCGUGGUGUCCAUCCUCUGCAUCGUGGGCGUGCUGCUGGCCUCCACCGUGGUCUACUGCCUCCGCCAUCGCUCGCACCACAAGCUCAAGGAGAAGCUCACCAAUCUGGGGACGGAUGCGGGCAGUGAUGCUACCGCCACCUACCAGGAGCUGUGCCGGCAGCGUAUGGCCGUCAAACCCCCCGCUGAGCGUGCAGAGCCCAUUUCCUCCAGGAUCAACAGCGUAUCGUCUCAGUUCAGCGACGGCGGAGCCGCCGUCAGCCCCUCCGCACGGAGCAGCAUCUCCUCGUGGAGCGAGGAGCCCGCCCACUCCAACAUGGACAUCUCCACCGGCCACAUGAUACUGUCCUACAUGGAGGAUCACCUGAAGAACAAGGACCGCCUGGAGAAGGAAUGGGAGGCGCUGUGCGCGUACCAGGCCGAGCCCAACGCCAGCACCACGGGCCUCAAGGACGGCAACGCCAGGAAGAACCGCUCUGCUGCUGUGGUGGCAUAUGAUCACUCCAGGAUCACCUUGAAGGUGGAGAACAGCCAAGGCAACUCUGAUUACAUCAACGCCAGCCCGAUUAUGGAUCACGACCCCAGAAACCCGGCCUACAUCGCCACGCAGGGUCCCCUGCCCUCCACCGUGGCUGAUUUCUGGCAGAUGGUGUGGGAGAACGGCUGCGUGGUCAUCGUGAUGCUGACGCCUCUUGUCGAGAGCGGGGUGAAGCAGUGCUACCAUUACUGGCCCGAUGAAGGCUCCAACCUGUACCACAUCUACGAGGUGAACCUUGUGUCCGAGCACAUCUGGUGCGACGACUUCCUGGUUCGCAGCUUCUACCUGAAGAACAUGCAAACCAACGAGACGCGAACCGUCACCCAGUUCCACUUCCUGACGUGGCUCAACCAGAACGUCCCGGAGACCAGCCGGACGCUGCUCGACUUCCGCCGGAAGGUUAACAAGUGCUACAGGGGUCGCUCGUGUCCCAUCAUAGUCCACUGCAGUGAUGGCGCGGGAAGAACGGGAACCUACAUCCUGAUCGACAUGGUCCUCAACAAGAUGGCUAAAGGUGCCAAGGAGAUCGAUAUCGCAGCGACUCUGGAGCAUCUGCGAGACCAGAGGCCAGGAAUGGUCCAGACCAAGGACCAGUUCGAGUUUGCGUUGACAACCGUUGCCGAAGAUGUGAACGCCAUCCUGAAAGUGCUUCCGCAGUAGGAAGUCCCUAUUCCAACUCCAGGAUCAACCACAAUGUCUCCUUUAGUUUCCCUUUUCAGGAUCCUGUAUCCCAUCAUUCCUCUUUCUCACCUUCUCUUGUUUUCCUGUCUUUAUUUUUUUUUGUUUACUUAUUCUCACCCUGCUUAAUCUUUUUUUUCAAUGCCUUUUUCUCGCCUCCUGAAGCCACCAUCCCCUCCCGUCUGACUUGGUGAACGUCAUGCCGGGACAACGUUGUACCGCUACUGUACAUAGAUGAUUCCCUUGUAAUAAUCCGUGCAGCUUGUUUUCCAAAGUGACAUCUCAUUGCAUUUAGACACAUUGUGAUGAGCUGCAAGAUCCUUUCCUGUGUUCGGUUACAGAAGUAUAUUUAUAGUAGUUUCUGUUCUUAGAUCAACACUGACCUCAUUGGCAUCAGUUGGGUAUAGCAACGUUUGGCAGCAUCACACUCUUUACUUACCAAGUGUGCAUCAUCGACAUACGUAAGGAUAUUUGUAGGAUGAACUUAACUGAUGCCCCUGACUGGUGCGAGUGUGAUGACGACCACAACAUUGCGUUUGUGUCUGAUAUUUAGUGCCAUGUUCUGAUGUUUUUAUGCAGUAGACUAGAGUGUCAUGGUGCAACUCUGUUGUUCAGUACGGUUCUGCAGAUAUGUGAUGCAACAUGAGUGAUCUCAUCUCCCAUGAAGGCUCUUUUCCUCUUAAAAUAAGUGGUGGUGAAACACUGAACUCAUUUCCAUCCCAUUUAUUUAUGAUUUAUUCAUCGCGUAACUUUCAUUAUCUUAGAAAAGUAAUAUUGUGUUUCUGAAACCCCAACUACUCUCUGUUGUGGGCGACCGAUGCCAUGUUUCGUCAGUGAAGUUACACUCAUGUAUGCCUUAAUAAAAACUAAAGUACGAGGAGUACUGACAGUUGCAUGGAAAUUACAAAAGCAGCGCUUAAUUUUAAACUGGCCUCAUUUAAGUGAACUUAACUGUGUUUGUACUUACUGAAAACACUUCUGAGAAAAGCAGAAGAACAUGCAGCCUUUGAGUUUUUGAGACAGGAAGUUGGUGUAGUUCUGCAGAGCAGUCCAAAGGCAGAGUUGUAAUAUAGCAUAAAAAUAUAUCAAAGUGUCAAGCACAGAGCAGUUGGAUGAGGACAGUUAAAAAUAAGUGUCUCAGACCAGUACUUUUUUGAGAAAAAUGGUAUAGUUUUGCUUCUGAAAAGUAGAUCUUAAAUGUAGCAUUAAUGGAUUAUUUGUAUAUGUACAGUUCACAGAUGAAGCUGUGUUGCGUAAAAAAAAUACUGGUUAGCCGUGACACUCAGCUGGUUUUAGCUGAAAGCAUCUUAAAAAUGUUUUGUUGUGCUGUAAAUUAAAAAAAAAAAAGGAGCAAAUUAUUCAGGAAUAUUUUGUGUUGUUUUCUCCCACUUACUGCAAAAUAAAUGUACUUUUA